UUCCUGAGAUUUGUGGCUUGUACCAUGGCUAGAGCACCUGCUGUCUCGUUCCCUGAACUCUGUUCACUCCUAGCGUCCGGCCGGGCCCAGCUCUUCGAUGUGCGAUCUCGGGAGGAAGCAGCAGCUGGGACCAUCCCAGGGGCACUCAACAUCCCGGUGUCAGAGUUGGAAAGUGCCUUGCAGAUGGAGCCAGCUGCCUUCCAGGCUCUGUAUUCAGCUCAGAAGCCAAAGCUGCAAGAUGAAAAUCUCAUUUUCUUCUGUCAGAUGGGCAGGCGGGGCUCCUUGGCCACACAGCUGGCCCAGAAGCUUGGAUACACAGGGGCACGAAACUACGCUGGGGCCUAUAAAGAAUGGUUGGAGAAACAGGGUUAAGGGAGCAGGUGGCCGAGUGAUGCUGUGGAUGCCCCAUCUGAGGAGGAUGAAGGGGCUGACUUGCUGGGGCUGGUGCAGCAUUGCAGUGCACAUGAAAAUACCCAAUAAAGAGCAUUUCCUCAAGACAUUCAAAGCAU